AUGGAUCUGUGUCAGAAAAAUGAAACUAAUUUAGCAAAGAAGACUGAGAGUCAGAACACAGAAGAAGCGGAACUGAGCUCCCCUUGUCCAGAUGAAAGAAGUGAAAGGAACCAUGUUUGCUGUCUUCUGAAUAUCAGUGACAUUACACUGGAAAAAGACAAAAACGCCAAUGAUUUUGUCAUCAGAACUGGAUGGGAAGAAGCAGUCCAAGGCUGGGGCAGCACCUCUCCAAUGGCCUGCAUAUGGCCAAGGAAGAAAGUGAAGAAGCCGAGGGUGGGAGAAAGUAGCAGCAACUGCUUACUCUGUACCAAUAUCUCCCAGGGGAGCCCCGAGGCCAGGCCUGGGAAAUCAGAGGCCCAGGCUGCCACUGAGGCAGGGCUGGGAAAGGAGCGGACCAACCCCUCUCAAAGUCCAGGCUUCCCCCACGAUCCCCACACAGCCUCCAGGGAGACCAGCAAAACCUACUCUCCCCACUACCGUCACUGCGAGAAAAAAAGUCUGCAAAUAAAGGAGUUUAUUUGGUACACAGAUGACUGGCCCGCCCAGGAGACAGUUAGGGGCAGGGACCCCAGAAGCCAUGAGCACCACAGCGGAAAGCUCAAAAAGGGCUUCUCCAUUGGGGAGUCCUUGACUUCCAAGGCCCUCUUAAUUCUGCCCCCACUGAAGGCAGCACCCACAAAUGCCCUGAAUGCACUGGGCAAGAAGACUAAGGAUGGUUUCUUACAGCAGAACGAGAAGGGAUCAAGUGUGGACAAGAAUGAGUGUCUGACCUGUAAAUGUGGAUCAAAAACAGUGGAUGGGAAAUGUGAAAGGAGGCCCGUGGAGCUGACCAGGCACUCGAAGGUCAAGGACUCUGUGUCCGUCCCUCCCCAGGCGGGCUGCCCGCCCCUGCUAGCCCAGCCUGAGCACUGCUACCUGCGCUGGUCCUUGCUUCCUGAGCGAAGGGUCUUGUGCCCGCCCACACCCAGCAAUGUGCGCUACCUGGCCACUCUGCAGCUCAUACAGGAGCAGGGAGUGCAGAACUACAAAGACAAGUUCAAAUCCAAGGAGCCAUGCAUCCCAGAGAACACCCCGAAGGGCAUUCUCACAGAGGACAAGCAGGAAAACAGGUCCCAAAGGCUGGAGACCAAAAUGUUCUCGAGACCUCUCCUGCCGUCUCUCACCGUGAGCAGGCUUGUCAUUCCCGUCUCCACCCAUAGACUCCUCUGA